AUGUUGAUUCAGAUUGUUUCAUUGAAUUUGUUAACGUUUGUCAAAUUAGAAAAUCAUCCACAGUUAUCGAUUCCACAAACGCAGAGCACUAAUUCUCUAGAGAGUUCAAAGAUAAAGCUUUCAAAUUUUAAAUCAAUAUCUAAAUUUUCAAAUACGAAUGAAAUAAGACAGCAAAAUAAUAAAUCACCAAUUACUCAAACUCUCAACAAGCAUAUAUUUACAGAAUCAAACGAAGAUUUAAUAUUGAUCCAAGGUGAAAAUUGGAAAAGAAGACGCGAAUCAUUUGCAACAGGAAUACUAGAUAUAUCAGAUUCCCAUUUUUACGAAUGUAUUCAAGAUAAUGCACCAGGUGGUGCAAUCUUUUCUUUAUGCGAGACUCUUGUUUCAAGAUGCACAUUUACAAAGUGUGGAGCAUAUACAGGUGGAUGCAUCUGCGUAUAUUCCGAUCUCUACAUCAACAAAUCUCUUUUCCAGAAAAAUAAUGCCCAAAAAGGCGGCGCUUUAUACAACCAAUACGCAUGCUUUUCGAUGAAUGAUACCUCAUUUGAUCUAAUGUCAGCAGCAGAAACAGGCGGCGUUUACGAUUCCCAUUCGAAUAUCCAAAUUCAAUCUCAAGAAAACAAUUUCACGAGGUGUAGCUGUACUAAAGAUGGAGCGGCCAUGUUCGUUUCAGCACCAUCAGCAUAUUUGAAACAUUUGAUUGUUGUCAAAAACAUGAUAAAGAAAGGUUCAGGAUCGAUUUAUUUUGAUGCAGUAAAUAGAGGCGAACUUUUGGAUUCGAUCUUCCAUAAGUGCAUGUUCCAAGAUAUUGUUGGUGGAGGUGGUUCAUGCGUUGAAGCAACAGGUUACAAGUCAACAGUUUCGAUUUUAAAUUCGAUUUUUUCUGAAUCAGCAAAUUUCAAUUUUUGGUCAAUUAGAUCAAGAAAAAGCUGCAGUUUGAUAUUGAUAGGUUGCAAAUUUUCACUUGAAAAAAGGAUAGAAGUUAACUGUGAUGCACAACCUUCUUUGAAUAGAUGUGAUUUUGAUCUUGGAAAAAAUCUUAAAUUACCAAAAAUAAAAAUACUAAAUGUAGGUAAUCCAAAUGAUCCAGAAUAUGAUCCUAACUGGUUAUUUGUACCUUUUGGCAUCGCUUUGAAGUCUAUUGCAAAAAUUCUUCCAAUAUUAAUUUUAUUCCCAAUUGUCAUUGUUGAAGUAAUAUCAGUAUUUAGACAACGAGCUGCAAAUAGAAAGAUUCUUUAG